AUGGCUGAACAGAUUGCAAGAGAGGCCCAUUUGGCGUCAACUGUUCUCAAGACCCUUUCAGACGAAGAAAGAAGCAACGCAUUACAUGAGAUCUACGAUGGUUUAUUGCAGGCAAAAGAGGACAUCUUGAAGGCCAAUUUGCUCGAUUUGCAGCUAGCCACUGAGCAAAACUUGUCUCCAAGUUUGAUCAAACGUUUGGAUUUGUCCAAGUCUGACAAAUUUGACUCCAUGUUGCAGGGCAUCAAGGACGUCGCUGCUUUGUCUAAUCCAAUUGGCAAGAUCAACUUGGCCACGCAAUUAGACGAAGGCUUGAAUUUAUACAGAGUUACAUGCCCAGUGGGUGUCUUGUUAAUCAUCUUUGAAUCAAGACCUGAGGUCAUUGCAAAUAUCACUGCAUUGGCUAUCAAGUCUGGUAAUGCUGCUAUCCUUAAAGGUGGAAAAGAAUCCCUUAACACCUUCAAAAUUUUGGCGAAAAUUGUUAAUACAGUUUUAUCGAAUAAAACCAAAGUUCCAAAAAAUUCCAUUCAAUUAAUCUCUUCAAGAUCCCAAGUUUCUGAUUUGUUGGAUCAAGAUAAAUAUAUCGAUUUAGUCAUUCCAAGAGGCUCGAACGAUUUGGUUCGUUAUAUUAAAUCAAAUACCAAAAUUCCUGUUUUAGGUCAUGCUGAUGGGAUUUGCUCUAUAUAUAUCGACCAGUAUGCUGAUGUGGAGAAAUCUGUGAAAAUUGUUGUGGAUGCCAAAAUUAAUUAUCCUGCUGGUUGCAAUGCUGUCGAGUCUGUCUUAAUUCAUAAGGAUUUAUUAAAUUCCCAAUUAAUUCCUUUAGCAAAUGCUUUAAUUGAAAAUAAAGUCACUCUUCACGUAACUCCUGAAAUCAAAUCAUUUUUAAUUCAAAACAACACAGACUUGAACUACAUCAAAGACGCUAAUAUUGACGAAGAUUUCAGCAAAGAAUUUUUAAGCUUGGACAUUGCUAUCAAAUCAAUAGAUUCAUUAGAAGACGCUAUUUACCAUAUCAACACUCACUCGUCAAAACAUACUGAUGCGAUCAUAACUGAAAAUGAAUCUGCUGCUAAUAAAUUCCUUGGUGGCAUUGAUUCUGCUGGGGUUUAUUGGAAUUGUUCAACUAGGUUUGCUGAUGGUUUUAGAUAUGGUUUUGGAACUGAAGUCGGCAUCUCAACCAAUAAAAUUCAUGCAAGGGGUCCUGUUGGUUUAGAGGGCUUGGUUUGUUACCAAUACCAAUUAAGAGGUAAUGGUCAUAUAGUCAGUGACUACAUUGGUUCUGGUGGUAAAAAGCUGUUUGUCCAUAAACAAUUGGACCUUGAUUUUAUUUGA